AUGGCGGACACGACAGUCAUCACAAAGAGCGACGCAUCUAUCGAUGCAGUGUCCAACCAAGGGCAAGAGCACCGCCUAGAGAACCCUGAGAAGUCAAGAUGGGAGCGUAGCUGGCCGACGAUAGCUUGCGGCGCUGGUCUCUUCUCUGAUGGAUAUCUGAAUAACCCUGAAGGUCGCACGUUAACGCCAUCGCAGGUUAUUGGAUCUGUCAACACGAUCCUCUCUACGAUCUACCCAGAGUCAUACAACGCCUCUUCCGCCGUUAAAAAUGUUCCUUCGAUUGCCUUCGCCGGCACGGUUAUUGGCCAGCUUCUUUUCGGCUACAUAAGCGACCACUAUUCCCGCAAAUGGUCGCUAAUGGCCUCGACUAUUAUCCUGAUUAUAUUUGCUGCAUUAUGCGCUGGUGCUCAUGGCGCAGGAGGUAGCCAGGCCGGCUUGUUCGCUGCCCUAACAGCUUACCGUUUCUUUCUCGGGAUCGGCAUAGGAGGGGAAUAUCCAGCUGGCAGCGUCGCAGCAGCCGAAAGCACUGGAGAGCUAAAGCACGGUCACCGCAACCGCUGGUUUAUCAUGUUUACCAAUUUCCAGAUCGAUUUUGGAUUUGUUGUCUCUGCCCUGGUACCCAUGAUCCUGGUCUUGAUAUUUACUGAGAAUCACCUGCGAGCUGCGUGGAGAGUGAUGCUAGGACUGGGUGUGAUUCCUCCUUUAACUCUGCUUUGGCUACGGCUGAAACUGAAUGAGCCUGAAGAAUUCAACAGAGAGCGUAUGCACAAAUAUCCUGUCUGGCUUAUUGUCAAGUUCUAUUGGAAACGACUUUCGGUUGUCUCCCUUAUUUGGUUUAUUUAUGACUUUUCUGCAUACUCCUUCGGCAUCUACUCGUCUGUCUGGCUGAAAAUUGUCCUGGGCUCAUCCGCUCCUCUUUGGAAGACUUUUGGAUGGAACACUGUUCUCAACCUCUUCUAUAUUCCUGGUUCCUUCUCAGGAGCUUGGGGUAUCUUGGGAUUUAUCAUGGCUGGCUGCUAUAAAUAUCUUGCCACGCCACAAAACGUUGCUGGGUUCGUGGUUGUUUAUGGUAUAUUUUUGUCCUUGGGUGAGCUUGGACCGGGAGACAACAUUGGCCUUGUAGCAUCAAAAACCAGUGCAACGGCUAUCAGAGGGCAAUACUAUGGCAUAGCAGCAGCUAUGGGUAAGAUCGGAGCUUUCGUGGGAACAUAUGUCUUCCCCAUUAUCAAAGACAAUGCACCAAAUCCGAUACGUGCUGGACAGGAUCCUUUCUUUGUGUCUAGCGCACUCUGUUUGUUCAGCGCAGCAUUGACCGUAUUUUUAUUGCCCCAUAUUGGACAG